AUUUGAAGGAUUUACUUCAACUGUAUUGUUUCUCUGGGAGUGUCAUCAAGGUAGCUGUGAUCAAGGAAGAUGAAAUCAUCUACCUUACCGAAAUGGGCAUCAAAACCAUGCAUCAUGGGGAUCGAUGAAGCAGGAAGAGGCCCGGUUUUAGGUCCAAUGGUUUAUGGAUGUUUGUACUGUCCACUCUCUUACCAAAAUACGUUGGUGACCCUCAAUUUCGCAGACUCUAAAACAUUGAAAGAGGAAAAGAGGGAAGAACUGUUUGAGAACUUAAAGGCUGAUACCUCUAUUGGGUGGGAAGUUGAUGUGAUAAGUCCAAAGGAAUUAUCAGCUAAGAUGCUGAAAAGGGAGAAGAUUAAUUUGAAUGAAAUAUCACAUAACUCAGCUAUUGGCCUUGUCAAAAGGGUUCUUGGCAUGGGAGUUCUUCUGAGUGAAGUAUUUGUAGAUACUGUUGGAGAUGCCGAAAAGUAUAGCAUCAAGUUGUCUGAAUUAUUCCCAGGUAUAAAAUUUCUUGUGGCGAAGAAAGCUGAUAGUCUCUAUCCAGUGGUUAGUGGAGCAAGCAUAGUAGCAAAGGUGGAAAUCUUUUCUUGUAUAAUCAUAAUGUGAUUUGUCCUUGUUGUA